AUGAAAACUAUUAUCUUGAGGGCAAAUGCAGAGGUAAAUACUCUCCACUUUUUUUUCAGGAAUCUAAAAUUGGAUUUCAAUAUAGAGGUACUCUUUGGUGGGUCAUUAGAAUCUUAUGCCAUAGAACAUAAUAGACCAGUGCCAGUCAUUGUAGAAAAAUGUAUUGAAGCAAUCGAGACCAUGGGUGGUUUACAGAAAGAAGGAAUUUACAGAGUUUCUGGCAGACAAACAAAUAUUGAGCAGUUAAAGCAUCAGUUUGAGCUUGAUGAGGACAAGGUGGUACUGGAUUCCAAAUAUGACGUGUUUACCAUUGCUACAAUCCUGAAAAUGUAUAUUCGAGAGCUGAAGCGCCCUUUAUUCGAUUUUAAUGUUCAAUCAAGACUCACUUAUAGUAAAAAUAUGCCCCAGGCACAGCGUUUUGGGCUGCUGGAAAUGAAGCUCGCAAACUUAUCUCUCGCACAUAGAAGGACUUUACACUGCCUUAUAUGUCAUUUGUCCAACGUAAAUUCAAAUCAUCAUAUCAACAAGAUGAAUAUUCAAAAUCUUUCCUUGAUUUUUACGCCAGUAAUUUUCCAUGAC